AUGUUUAUAUUCGCGCCGCGCGACACAAUGUCGAACUCUCGACAGGGCUCGACCUCGCGACGGAGUCGUUACGCGCGCGCGUCCACCACGACGAGCGUGACGCAACUGCUGAGCGACUCCUGCACGAGUCUCCUGCAGAAGCUGACCACGCGGGUACGCGGGGCAUCCGCGCUCAACGAUCGCGGUGCCGCAACCGCGAGACGAACGCCCGACACGAGCCGAUUGGGUAGCACGCGGAGUCGCCUGGAGGACAAGUACAGCACGAUUCUGGACAAGUACUCCGGCAAGCGGCAGGCCGACGACUCGCAGGAACGAGGCGCUCGCGGUUACACGCGGCGACAGGAGCGCGAUCACAGCUAUUAUCAUCGGGAGGACAGCCCGUUCGUGCGGGACGACAAGACUCUCGAGCCAUCGAUGACCCGCAGCGUCAUCAAGAGUCCCACCAGCGUCCUUCUCAGCGAGAAGGCUUACCCGUAUGUGAGCUCCGCGAUAAGCAAGGAAUCCAGGCGCGAAAAGACGCCCGCCUACGGCCGCAUGGACCGGCAGAUUCUACUCAACUCGGACGCUUAUCGCCGCUACGGUAGACACAAGUCUGGACACGCGGAAACGCGCAGUCGUAAAGUGAGGCUGCGUCGGAACGGCAAGAGCGAGCAGCUGGAGACCGCUCACUCGACGUCCCUCAGGCUGUCUCGGCCGAUUAAGAUCGAUCCGUCGACGUACGCGGACCGGAAGGAUAUCGCGGUCGACCCGGACAGGACACCGAUCGCCAACACGGAGAGCUUCAACGACCAGGUCGUCGGCCAGAACGUCGCUCGGAACUCGCGCGACGCGCUAGCCGACGAUGCGGACGAUCCGACGAUCUCUGAUCGUGCGGCCAAACGCAAAGAGAUUCAGAGUCUGAUUCUAAAGUACGCUGCCAUGGAGGACACCUACAGCCAGCUGGCGUCCGGCGGCGGACAGGUGAACGCGCAUCCCAGUACGACCGAUCUCAUCGCCAGCAAGUAUAAGAAAAGCAGCCAUCGUAAUCAGCAGAAAGACAACCCGUCGAGGGGCACGGUAGCCUCCUCGGGCGCGAGUGCGAUUAACGAGGUGGACGCGAUCCACGGCGCGAUUAGCCCACGACCGCCCUCCGUCGAGGACGACGAAGACGGCCACCUUGUAUACCAAUCCGGCGACAUCCUGGCAAAUAGAUAUAAAGUACUGGCCACCCUAGGAGAGGGUACUUUUGGAAAAGUUGUCAAGGUUAAGGACUUACAAAUGGAUCAUGUUAUGGCUCUGAAGAUUAUUAAGAACGUGGAGAAGUACAGGGAGGCAGCGAAGUUGGAGAUAAACGCUCUUGAGAAGAUCGCCGCUAAGGACCCGGAAGGCCAGCACUUGUGCGUGAAGAUGCUUGAUUGGUUCAAUUAUCACGGACAUAUGUGCAUCGCGUUCGAAAUGCUCGGCUUGAGCGUCUUCGACUUUUUGAGGGAUAACAAUUACCAGCCUUAUCCAUUGGAACACGUUAGGCACAUGGGCUAUCAGCUUUGCUACGCCGUGAAAUUUCUACAUGACAACAAGCUGACGCACACAGAUCUGAAGCCGGAGAAUAUCUUGUUCGUCGACUCGGACUACGACAGUACAUAUAACAAUAAAAAGAUCUUCCUUUUCAAGCGGAGGGACACGAGACGCGUGAAACGAACCGACAUCAGACUCAUCGACUUCGGUAGCGCCACUUUCGAUCACGAGCAUCACAGUACGAUCGUUAGCACAAGACACUAUAGAGCGCCCGAAGUAAUUUUAGAGCUCGGCUGGUCGCAGCCAUGCGACGUUUGGUCCAUCGGCUGCAUUCUGUUCGAGCUAUACCUGGGCAUCACGUUAUUCCAAACGCACGAUAAUCGCGAGCACCUGGCUAUGAUGGAGCGCAUACUUGGCACGAUACCGCAUCGCAUGGCUCGCAAGACUAAGACCAAGUACUUCUACCACGGCAAACUGGACUGGGACGACAAGAGCUCGGCCGGUAGAUACGUGCGAGACAAUUGCAAGCCGUUGCACCGUUAUAUGCUCUCCGAUGACGAAGAACAUCGUCAGUUGUUCGAUCUCGUUCAGAGAAUGUUGGAAUAUGAACCCUCGCAACGCGUUACUCUGAAGGACGCACUGACACAUCCAUUUUUCGACGCGCUGCCAGCGUCCCAGAGAUUACCGGAUCCACGGGCAGCCGGCGACUCCCAACAGUCUCACGAACGAUCACACUCGCUCUCUCGAUGAAGCUAGGAAAGGGACCGACCUCCUUGCUGGACAGACACUCCACUUUCAACGACACUACUGCCCUACGUCUUCGUUCUGAUAUCAUUACUUUUCAUGAAAACAUGUUUCUCUCGUAGUAGCAACGAGACCCGAUGACGUAUGGCGAGGCACGAACACCGACAUCAAGAAACUGCGCGUGUACAUAUGAAUACUGAUAAUUGGAAUUUUCACGCGACUCGGUUCGCAAUGUUAUAGAACUCUCGUAACUAUACGUACGGAACUACACGUAGGGAAAGCAGUAGUGCGGUGGUGCCGUGGAACUUGGACUAAUUCAGGUGCAUUCAACGACGAGCAAUCAGAUUAAUUCUUGCUACCGAUAAGAUCCCUGAUUGAUAGUUACGUCUGUUUGCUUUUAUCGCGAUUAUCGAUCACGAAAUGGCUACGAGGUCCCCGUUACUGGCGCGCAAUGGCCAGUGUGUCUGCUCAGUGUAGCGUAACAGAGUCCCGCAAUUAUAAACAAUUUUUUAAAUGCUCUUCUGUACAUUUUGUCCCGUAAAUUUAUUACCAUGUUAUUAAGCCGCAAAGGAAAAAACGCGUUUCGAGUAAAGAUCAAUUUUUGGGUCCGCGGUUUAUAAUUAUCUGUUCGUUAUUAAAUUGACGACCACGGACGUGUUCUAGCAGUAAGUAUCGAGCUAGUGAUAAAAAGAAUUGUAGUUUUAAAGCGUACACGUCGGUAGAGUUGACAGAAAUCGAGAGAAAGCGAGCGAGCGAGCGAGCGAAAGAGGAAGCGUGUGAGUAACGAUCACCAAUUUAUCGUUGUGAAUUAUAUACAUCUUAAAACGUAAGAAUACAUAAUUAUCUUAGCAAAUGUUUCCAACGAUUUUUUUUAUUCAGAUGUGAAAUUUAAUUUUUCGAUACGUUGCAAACGAAGAGCGUGUAACGUAUUUGCCGCUUUACUCUAUGAGUUUCUCUGGCCUAAUGAAAUAAAAUUUUUGCCGAUUCUAUACUUCUACGACAAUUAAGUUAAAUCAAAUGUAUACCGCAUAUUACAGAAAGUGGUGUAGUGCACAUGCAAAGACCACCGCGGUUCUACUUUUUUUUGUCACAAGCACCCUUGAUUUGCACAAUUGUAUCAUCCGUGUAAGUUUUGUUUGAUCUUAGUUAUACUACAUCUACAAGAUAAAAAUGUUAUUACCUGCUGCUCGUGAAACGAGGGUAUCUACUUCUACAAAAAAGUGAUGUUUCGAGUAGCAAUAAAUACAUUUCUUUCAA